AUGUCCAAGAAUUCAAGUGGAAUUUCCAAGCCAAACUUCACAGCUAUCAUUAAUAAAAUCACACCCACUUCUAACAGUAAACUUCCUCAACCCAAAAAAACUCACAAAAAAAACGAUUCAGGCUUUUGUGAAGAAUUGUUUUCACCAAUUCCUAUCAAGUCAAAAUCCAAAAAUAUUAUCAACAAAAAGAUAUCUUUGUCAGCUUCUUUAUAUCCUAGUUGUCUUGAAUUGAGCAAUACUCCUAAGAAAUCAACUGCUAUUCGCUUCAGCAAAAAAGGACGUUUAGUAUAUAACGACGAUCCCAAAUUGAACGCGUGGUUCAAGGCUCCUCUUGCAAUCGCUCUCAAAUGGAAAGGAUUCGCUCCAGAAGCACAGUUUCGCAAUCUUUGUCAUACCACUUCUAAGAGUACGAAAGUUGGUGCCAACAAAAAUACAUGUAAUACAUUUGUUAAUGCGACAGAAUCAGGUUUUACUCAUGAAGCAAUUAUCGAGAAAUUCGUCAAAUUAGAAUGUGAUGCUAUAUAUCUGGAGGCCAGAGCUAAAGUAAUUGCCAGAAGAUGGGCUGCAAAGAGAAAUGCUGUUUUAAAUGCUAAGAAACGGAUCGACGUAAUAAAAAACGGGCGAAAAUCAAUGACAACGAGAGAUAGUGUAGAUGUUAAAUUUGAAUUUGAAGAAAAAUUGGGUUGGAAAAAAAUCGAAGCGUUUCGAAAAUUGAAUUCACAAGCACCAGUUGUUGAUACUAAAAUAGUUGUUGAUAUUGAGUUUUACCUUGACGAACUUGAAGGAUGGUCCCGUAUCGAUACGAUUAAAUCCGAACUUUCACAAUACAAAAAUACCGAUACGUCAGAUAAUAGAAAAUCGAAUUGCGAUAGAUAG